AUGGCAUCUCAUGACGAUUUGAUUGAUUAUGAGGAGGAAGAAGAAUUACCAGCAAGUGCAGGUGUCUCCACGGUAAUGGGCACAGGAGGAACAGUAAAUGGCGAAAAAAAGAAUGAAAAGAAAGGGUCCUAUGUUGGUAUUCACUCUACAGGGUUUCGAGAUUUCCUACUAAAACCAGAACUUUUACGUGCUAUUAUCGACUGUGGUUUUGAACAUCCCUCUGAGGUCCAACAAGUCUGUAUUCCUCAAUCUAUUCUUGGUAUGGAUAUUAUAUGUCAAGCGAAAUCUGGAAUGGGCAAAACAGCAGUAUUUGUACUUGCAACGCUUCAGCAGAUCGAACCAGUUGACGGUGAAGUAUCGGUUCUUGUUCAAUGUCAUACCAGAGAACUUGCUUUUCAAAUCAAGAACGAAUACGCACGAUUUAGUAAAUAUAUGCCUGAUGUUCGUACUGCAGUUUUUUAUGGCGGGACACCUGUUCGUAAUGAUAUUGAGCUUCUUAAAAACAAAGAAAAAUGCCCUCAUAUUAUUGUUGCGACUCCUGGUCGACUAAAUGCUCUUGUUAGAGACAAAGCUCUUCGUGCAGGAUGCGUAAAACAUUUUAUUCUUGACGAAUGUGAUAAGAUGUUAGAAGCAAUAGGGAAGCAUUUCUUCUAUAUAAAUAUGAGACGCGAUAUUCAGGAAGUGUUUCGUGCAACUCCUCACCAAAAACAGGUUAUGAUGUUUAGUGCGACAUUGAGUACUGAAAUACGACCUAUUUGUAAAAAAUUUAUGCAAAAUCCUCUAGAAAUAUAUGUUGAUGAUGAGACUAAAUUAACUCUUCAUGGUCUUCAACAACAUUAUGUAAAGCUUGAAGAAUCAGCAAAAAAUCGAAAAUUAAACGAUUUACUUGACGCACUUGAAUUUAAUCAGGUCGUUAUUUUUGUAAAAUCAGUUCAACGAGCUUCAGAAUUAGAUCGAUUAUUACGAGAAUGCAAUUUCCCCAGUAUUUGUAUUCAUGGUGCUCUUCCUCAAGAAGAACGUAUUUCUCGUUACAAAUUAUUUAAAAACUUUAACAAAAGAAUUUGUGUUGCUACUGACGUUUUUGGACGUGGCAUAGAUAUCGAGCGUGUUAACGUAGUGUUCAAUUACGACACUCCUGGAGAUGCAGAUACAUAUUUGCAUAGAGUUGGUAGAGCAGGAAGAUUUGGUACUCGUGGGCUUAGUAUUACUUUUGUAAGCAGUAGUGGAGAUGCCGAAAUUCUUGACAAAAUUCAAGAAAGGUUUGAGGUAAAUAUUACAGAGCUUCCAGAGCAAAUCGAUGUAUCAACAUACAUGAACUCAUAA